UGAUUUGUCUUUACUGCUAGAAAAGACGCAAUGUUGUUCCUGGCGUUUCUCCUUUUAUCGGCCACUGGGCAUUUGGCCGUGGGUCAGAUAAAGACACUAAGUAGGGAUGCAACAGUCUUUUCGCAGCAUCUGUAUCAAAGAGUUGCUUUAGAUAAGGAGAAUGUUGUGUACUCACCCUUUAGCAUCCACUCAGCCAUGUCUAUGGCGAUGCUGGGUGCAAAGGGCGAGACCCGCUCACAGAUGCUGAAGACACUGGGCUACAACACACACUGGGUCUGGCCCAACGCCGACUACAGGAUGCUCACUCAAGAGCUGAACAGUGUACCAUUCGUUGACAUCCGCAUCGCCAAUGCUGUGUACACCAACCCCUCCCUGACCAUCAAGCCAACCUACCAGGCGAUGGUCAAGAAAGAUUUCUUCGCCAUGUUUGACCAUCUCAACUUCGCCUACCCGGGCGGACCUGAAAAACCCAUCAACGACUUCAUUGCCAACGCUACAGAGGACCUGAUCCAAGAUAUGGUUCCAAAAGGAAGUAUAAGCAUGGACACACAGCUGAUGCUACUCAGUGCAAUCUUCUUCAACGGAACUUGGGAAAAGAAAUUUUUACCGGAGUCAACAACGAAACAAACCUUUUACAAACUGGGAAAUAAAAUUGUUGAUGUGGACAUGAUGAAUGACAACAGAACAAUGAACUACAAGCAAGAUAACUCUAUGGCCGUGGACGUGGUUGAAAUGCCGUUCAAGGGCGGGAGGAUAAGUCUGUACAUCGCCCUACCCCACAAGAUGGACGGGAUCACUAGUUUGGAGAAAGAGUUAUCUAACCCUGACAAAGUGUUCCAGCUUUUCUUGAAUCUAUCGCCAACGAAAGUCCAGUUCAGCGUACCCAAGUUCAAGGUCGAUACCUCGCUUGAACUCGGUCACGCCUUUGUUGACAUGGGCAUGCCUCUGGCAUUUGACCACACGCGGGCUGAUUUUAGCGGCAUCAGCAGCACAAAACACCUGGCCAUCUCCAAAGUCCUGCACAGGUCAGUGCUGGAAGUAUCGGAGUCUGGCACCGUAGCAGCGGGCGUCACCGUUACCCACAUGACCAACGCCGAACCGGUCAAGCCGGAAGUGACCUUCGUUGCCAAUCACCCAAUGCUUUUCUUCCUCCGAGACAAAGAGAGCGGCUACGUGCUGUUCCAGGGUAAGUUUUCUGCAUGAGGCUGGAUAAAGGACAGGAACUCUGCUCGAUUCAGCUAAGGGAAUGUACUCUGCGUGAUCCGGCAAAGGGAAAGUACUCUAGAUAUGUGCAAAAACUUUAAAAUAAAUAUUUGGAAAAUAAAAUACAGAAGAAU